AUGGCAUACUUAGGAGUAGAUACAAGCCGAAUCGCCGGAACACAACCGUUAGAAGUGAGUGAAAAUCGAUAAUUUCCGAAAAACCUUGCAACGCUUUCAGAUGCUUCUGAUCAGCAGUGGGAGUCCAGAUCCACACUCAACGAUCAUCAUCGAUCCACGAACAGGGGUCUCCUCGUGGAGCUACAAAGGAUCCGAACUUCAAGGCGCCUCCACUGGACAUGUCGAACCGCUCGGUGAGCAUUCGUAAUUCCACCUAAAAAUUAAAUGGAACGUUACAGGAAGAGACGGAGAACAUGUUGUUAUCACUACGAAAGAACGCCCACUCGUUCACGUGCUAGCAGUGCACAACAAAGAUCGAUUCCAUCAGAAAUGCGUGCUUCCGGGUCCAGUUUCCGCUAUCGCGAGCGACAAAUCUGGACGUCUGGUCUUCAUGAGCAUCAAAAAACAGCUAUAUUGUUGGCUACUCUCAACUGGCGAGCUGCUUUCUGUGAUCGAUGCGCACUAUCAGAGUAUCACAAAAAUUGCGAUUUCCGACGAUGAUUCUAUGGUUUUCACGGCUUCGAAAGAUGGAGCCGUUCAUGGAUAUCUUGUCACAGAGUGCGAAUUCCCUUUUUCAUCCAUUUUUGAUUGAUUUCUUUUCAGUUUGGUUUCUGCGGAUCGUGAUCACACAGUCUCUCCUUUCCGAAAGUGGUCCUCGCACACCUUGUCCAUUUCCGAUAUCAAAAUCACACAUGGAACCAAUCCACGAGUUCUGACGGCCGGAGCCGAUCACAUCGCGUGUCUCCACUCCAUUUCCAUCGAUUCUGUGAUUUUGAAGGUUUCCGCCGAUCGCCCACUGACUGCGUGUGCCAUCGAUUCUGCCGAAACCCGAGUUUUCAUAGGAACUGACGUCGGAAACAUUGCCCAAAUCAAUCUGUUCCAAUUAGUAAUAAUUAUUCACGUGAUUUUCGAUAAAUUAACGUUCCAGGGCCCAGAAGAGCGAGAUCUGCUCGUUCAAACCGGCGACGAGCACAACUCGAAGUUCCGAGUGCUCAACGGACAUUCCGAUGAGAUUAGACGACUGACAAUCAACACGGACGGCACUCUUCUCGCUUCUGGAGACGCCACCGGAAAUACUGCAUCUGGGAGAUCAGCAGUCAUCAGUGCCUCAAAGUUAGUGUGGUUUUACUGCUUAAAGUAAGAAUAUAUCACAAAACUGAUAAUUCCAGGUGUCCACAAUGCGUUCCUCCAUCUCGACCCUCCGCUUCAUUCCCUUCUGGAAAUCCCUUUCCAAUGGCGACAUUUCCGUCAAUUUCCGUCCAGUCUGGGAUCUGCGUCGUGAGCCUACGAAAUGCGAGCGUCUUGCCAUCGAAGUUUCGAACGACUUCAACUCGGAUCAAAAGCAUUGGAACGAUGUUAUCGAAGAGACCAUCGAUCAGAUGCUCAUCGAGUCUGGAAGCAAGACGACGGCCCAAUUGCAAUGGGAUUUGGAGACUGCGAAGAGGAAAGAAGCGGAAAAGGCCGAAAUGGACGCAGUGAAAGCGGCGAGCAAUGUAAUAACACUUGGCGACGACGACGACGACGCUCCAGAAGUGGGCAAACAGAAUGCAAGAACAGAAAGAAAAAGCUGAAGAAGAAGAAUGCGAAAGUGACGGAAGUUAGGAAUCAGACGACGAACGGAGCCAAGGCACCGAAGGAAAUAGUGAUUGACGAAGACGGAGAAGUCGAAGAAAGACCCUUGGAGACUGCGGAAUCGAAACAGAGAAUUAAUGAAAUGCGCAAGAGUUUGAGAGAACUAAAGGCUGAAAAUGAGCGGCUCAAAGAAAUUAAUCGGCAAAUGUACGAGUUUGUCGCCAAAGAAAUCGUCGAAGGAGACAAAUAA